AUGGAGCCUGAAAUCUCAGACACGAAGGUGACGGCGCGCUUUACGACCAGAGACGAGAACCUUCACCUUCCUGACCAAGACCGAACACUCUUAAUUUCGACCAACCUCAAACGAGUCAAUUUAUCGAAGAUCCUGAACGAAUUACUCGGUCGCGAAGAUGAUCGCAUCCCAUUCGACAUACUGAUCAACGGUCAAUUUCUGCGCACCACCGUCGACGAGUACCUCACGAAGAACGGCAUAAAUGCGGAAACGAGGCUGGAAGUCGAGUACACCCGAGCGCUCGUACCGCCGCUGAAUGUCACAAGCUUCGAGCACGACGACUGGGUUUCUGCAGUAGAUGUAUUGUCGCAAACUUCGCGCGCAGGAGCAUGGUCUGGUGGCAGCGUACAAAGUGGGCAAGAAAGAAUAUUGAGUGCGAGUUAUGAUGGCCUUGUUAGGGUGUGGAAUACUUCUGGCGACGUUCUGGCGACUUCAGAGGCACCGAAUAAUGGCGGGCGCAUCACGAGUUUGAAGUCGGCAAAGUGGUUAUCAGACAAGAAGAUUGUCGCUGCGGGCAUGGACAACACUGUACGUGUGUUCAAGUACGACGAAGAUACGCGGACCAUAACUACGAGCCUGGAGCUCUUCAGCCACCGAUGGGGUGUGGAGGAUGUUGCAGUCCAUGGUCCCUCAAGUCGCAUCCUCAGCGCAUCCUCGGACAACACCAUCUCGCUCUUCUCUAGCAACGCAAAAGAGAAUCCAGUCGCCCCUUCAAGCCUCCUGCCAAACUCCACAGCCGCCUCAAACAAGCGCCAAAAGCUCUCGAAACCCGACCGCACCGUGCCAGCGAGAGGCGCAUUGACUACAUUCACAGGCCACAGCUCUCCAGUAUCAAGCGUCAUCUUCAAGCCAGAUGAUGCGACCGUCGCAUACUCCGCAUCGCACGACCACACUCUCAAGACCUGGGAUCUCCCAACGGCACAAUGCGUCGACACACGCACAACAGGACACUCGCUGCUCUCCCUCUGCGCCAUUCCUUCCCGCAACCUUAUUGCAACAGGAACCUCAGCGCGCCACAUCACACUCAUCGACCCCCGUGUAUCCGCCACACAAAUCAGCGUCAUGACUCUCCGCGGCCACAAGAACGGUGUCGUGUCCCUCGACACAGACCCGAGCUCGGAUCACGGCCUCGUGUCUGGUUCGCACGACGGUACCGUGCAGAUCUGGGAUCUGAGGAACGUUACCACGGGCGGACAGGUCGGCGAAGGUCAGCAGGGCGAGAGCGUGCACACGAUACAUAGGCAAGGACAGUCUGGGCCUGGAAAGGGUCAUGGCGAGGGCGUCAAGGUGUUUGGAGUCAGGUGGGAUAAGGACGUGGGUAUCGUGAGUGGUGGAGAGGACAAGAAGAUACAGAUCAAUCGCGCGCUAGGAUCAUAG